AUGUCCGACUCACAAGCAAAAACUCUAUCCCCUUUUGGUAUUCCUCUUAUCUAUUUACCUGAAGAUCCCUAUCAGAAAGUCGGACGUGGUUGUCUGGCAUACCCAGAGCUGAGAUAUAUUGCCGUGGUACUAAGAAACUGUCUUAUUGAGGAGAUAGGAUACCGAAGUGAUACUAAAAGUAACAUCUACCAGAGCUGGGCGUGA